AUGACGUUAUUGCAAGGGCAACGUCCCGAAGAAAGUAACCAGCAAGAGAACGAACCUUAUAGGUGAUAUAACGCUAACUAAUCCUAUAAAUAAAGCAGACCAUCAUAUGCAUUGACACCUGAAGAAAUUUUAAGGGAAAAAUGUUCAAUUGAAAUGUUGCAUGCAAGCAAAAUUGUUUUUCUAGGCGUGGCCACACACUAUAACAUUUAUAACAAGCAAGUUAUUUUUACAGGUACGUGGCCAAAAUGGGAAACAUUUUCGAAAAAAGUGACAAAUAGUGUUUUGGCUUUGUAUUGGAUGACCUAAAAAGAGAAAAUGGUCGAUUAAUGUACCAUACAAUUGCACGUGGUGGUGCUGAUAGUGAAUAGAACGGAAUUUUUUGCGCGUAUUGCUGACGAAGAACUCAUUCUUCGUCAGCAACAAAUUCAACUUUCGCAACAAUGCGCGCAAAGAUUUCAGUGGGGACACACUACGCAGUCAAUCACAUGGCGGGAGGACUUCAAAUUUUUGUUUGAUUUUCUAAACUCCCAGACUCGCCAAACGAAUGGCAGCUUUAAAUCUUGCAACAGUCACAUCAACGCCUGCCGCGACGCCGCCUCGACCGAAAGCAAAUGCCUUUACAGCUGAUUGGACUCUGGGAUGCAGAUCUGAGACCAACAGCCAGAGCUCUGGAGACGACGAGGCAGCUGAAAGUACCAGCGAGUUAGCAAUGUCAGCGUUUACAGAUGCCAUGGAGAAACCGAACCCGGUAGCAACCGGUGCUAGCCGCGUCAGUCCCUUGACCUUUCAGCUGAAAAGUACAUGGGAGUAGGCAAAAGAACACGAGAAAGAGGUUUGCAUUGACAAGGCUACUGAAACUUGUACUCUCGUUUGUGACAUCAUAGCACCGAAGGCUGGACAACAGCUAUUUCAGGCCUGUUUUACACCAGAUAAAGGGACCAGCCACUUAGACCUUGUACCGUUGAUGCAGGCCUACAGCAACGCCAUGACGAGUACCUUGAAAACCCAAAUUCUAAGCCUAUAUGCGUAUCGAUAUCCAGUGAAGACACUUCAGAAAAUCCACGAGCCAUACUCAAAUUUAAGCGAGUGGCAAAUUAGACGCGCUAGAGCUCAUGCAAGAGAGUGGGGUCCAGGUUCUUUGGUCGAAAAGUCCCCGUGUCAUCGAGUUCGACUGCCACCAAUAAAGCUUGACCAUUUCUUAGACUUCGCGAACCGCCCGUACUUUUAUCAAGACGUGCCAUUUAGUACGAGGAAACUGAGGCUCAGCAGCGGCGAGAAGAUCACAAUGCCAAAUGUCAUUCGCAAAGUCACAAGGUCAACAAUGGUCAAGCAGUACCUUCAGUUCUCCGAAGAAGAACAGUUUGAAUCACUAAGCCGUUCAACCCUAUUUCGCAUCCUCGAGGUAAGGGAAGCCUCUCAAUAG